AUGACGGAAGUAUCAUUUGCAAGGUCUUUCCUCGCAGUACUGGAAACUCGUCCGAUCAAGCUAUCAGCCGAUCAUGUCGAGGAUCCUAAGAGCUACGCUGCGCGCGGCGCUUAUAUACUCCCCAAGAUGCCGAAGCCUAUGAGCAAGCGCAAGGCCAGUACCGUAGCACCGGGCCAAGAGCGCAGCCUCACCGUCCUCGUCAAGUCCCUCCGCAAUCCACCGUUAGACAUAAAGCUCUCGUCCCAGACGCCCAACACCUCCGUCUUAGAUAUCAAGACCACCGUAUCACAGGACACUGGAAUACCCAUCGAGAAGAUGAAGCUCCUACACAAAAAGAAGCCGAUCGCUGAUAGCAAAGUGUUGAAGGACCUUGCGGGCGAGGGCGAGACGAGCGUCGAGUUCUCUGUCAUGGUUAUGGGAGGAGCCGCAGCUAUCAAGGCAACACCAGCGCAAGCUGAAGUUGCACAGGGUCAGAGCGGUAACGAUGUAUUAGAUACCAAGGAAUUUUGGGAUGAUCUCAAGGGAUUCCUGUUACAACGAAUACGGGACGAAAAGACAGCGACAGAACUAACAAACACUUUCCAAAGCGCGUGGAAGGCGAAGGCAUAG